CAAGAUAACACUGGGCGCGCUGUUAGUACAAUGGUCGGGCGGGUACCGCACCGCACCGAGUCGGGACGUAUUUCCCGGGCUAUUACCUAUUUUAAAUCUUCAACUGUAGUAAGUGUAAGUACUUUAUUUAAGUAUUUUAUAUAAAAUAGUACACUGUUUAAUAAUAAUGCUUAAACAUGUCUUUGUCACUAUUAAGAAUAUUUACUUAUGCAAAUUGCACUUUAAAUUCUCGUAGUGCAAUAGAAGGAGAACAAAUCUUAAAAAGUAAACAGAUUAUAUUGUGCGGUAAAAUUGAAAUGGAUAGUGUGAUACAAAUUAGAGCAUUAAUUGUUCAAACAUCACAUUUAAAUGAUAUGCCCCAUUCAGUUUUCGGUGAAUUAACAAAGCCUGAAAUGGAAAUUAUUAAAUUCAAAUGCAGUUGCAAAGCAGGAGCUUCUGAGUGUUGUAAGCACGUUGUUGCAAUACUUUUGUUUCUUAACAGAAAUUCAGUUGCUAAUUUGGACAACUUGUCAUCAACUGACAUAACAUGUCAGUGGUCAAAAUUAAAGGAACCUACCUUAACACAUUAUAAACCUUUACCAAUUGAUAGCUUUGACUGUUAUAAGAAAAAUGUUGUUGAUUCAAAUUCUGUUGACGCUGAUGUAAUAGAUACAAUUAGGUCAAGGUUCUUAGCUGCUGCACCAACUUCAGCAAUUGCUCUUCAUUCCUUGGGUCGUCAUUUUCCAACUAACCAAUCAUCAGUGAUAUUGGCAGCAAACACACAGUUGUCCAAACUGAAUGUGUCAUCUCAUCCUUUGUUAGUGUAUUUGCGAGACUACUCAGUCAUG